AUGCCCGACUUUACCGACCGUCUUGAACCAGCCCACGACGGCACUGCGACCCUGCGAACCGAAUGGAAUGCAUCCAAACUUAACCCCAACGAAUUGGCAAAACACCUCUUGGAUCGAGAUGGGUUUCCAGAGCGGCAAGAGAAGGAACUCAACCUCUCGAGACGCGAAAGACACCACCUAGGAUUGGCAAGGGCGAAAUCUAUUCAGAGAAUCAUCAGAAGGGAAAAGUGGGGUGAGGAGGAGCACACAAUGGCAGAGUAUCUGACGGAUGAGAUGAGCCCAUGCUUCUUGCAUGGAACUAUGUUUGGUCACGGAAGUAACGUUCGUGGCCUCGAGACGACGGCAAAACGGGACCCUGUUGCCAUUGAGUUCGAAAUCCACAGUCCGUACCUGACGGCAAGCAAGUGGUGGAACGGCUCCAUGGCUAGAACGGCCACGCAUGCUAUUGUGGUUGCACAAUCGCUUCUGCCGACUGGAACCACCAUGUCUGAAUACAAAAAUCACGGCCCGCAAACAUUCAUUGUGCGGAUUCGGGACAAGAAGACUCAUCAGCCGCUGCCUAGAAUUGCGGUAGGGGACAUUGGCCCAAAAUAUGGUUAUGCGUUCACGGACAACGGAUACAUGCUCUUUGACCGUCUCAAGGUUCCUCGGUCUACGGGCGCAAGAAUGCGGAGAAGUCAUCCCGCCGUUGUGUAUGGGUCGUUGACGUUCCUCCGCGGACAGAUUAUCAUGCAGGCACGUUUGGUUCUGGCGCGAGCCGUCACGGUUGCCGUACGGUACUGCGCCAUACGACGGCAGUUCCGGGACCGCGACUCUAAGAGUGGAAGAGAACCCGAGAUGAAAAACCUCGACUACCCAACCGUGCAUAUCAGGAUCCUACCACUACUCGCCACUACCUUCGUGUUGCACUAUACAGGCGAGUAUAUGUACACCCUGUACUACCGCAGCAGGGAGACGAUGGAGAACUGCGAUUUUGGUCCUCUAGCCGAGUUACACAGCGCAACCAGUGAGUUGAAAAGCUUAUGCACGAUCCUAGCUGCACACGGCAUCGAAACAUGUCGGCAAGCAAUGGGCGGCCACGAUUUUGGAGGUGGAAGUGGACUGAUGAUCAUGCAACAAGUAGCUGCAUACCUCAUCGAGAAGAUGACCGCCGCAGUGAAACAUCCCCAACCCCCUUCCAAAGACCCUACAUAUGAGCUAUUCCACUUCUACCUCGCGAACCGUACCCACCAAUGCCCCCAAACCUUCCUCCCUGACGGGUCAAUAGACGACCAAAUCAUUGUAGACAUGUUCAAAUGGUGUGCAGCAGAGCUAGCACGCCGUGCAUAUCACGCCCGCAUGCUGCACAACCUAAGCCGCGCCUACAGCGAGCACAUCCUUGUUUCAAACUUCCAUUCUUCCUUCGCCACCACCUCCCACCUAACAUCCCCCACACACGACGUUCUUCGAACGUGUUUUUACCUCCAUACGCUCUCCACGCUAGACCAAUCUGCGUCAUCCUUCACAAUGUCAGGCGCCGUAUGCCCCGCAUCUGUAUACAUCAUCCAACACACAAUACUAGACCUCAUGACGGACCUACGACCACAUGCCGUUAGGCUUGUUGAUGCCUGGGCAAUACCCGAUUGGCUGCUCAACAGUGCGUUAGGCAGGUUUGACGGAAGGGAGUAUGAGGAGCUGUUUGAUAUGGCGCAUCGGCAACCUCCGCUGAAUUCAAUGACGUUCAAUUGUGAUUGGCGAAGCGACGAGAUUGUGUUGGGGGGAGGCGUUUAUUAG